GUUUCUCUUACAUUGAUACAAACCUUUGUCAAAAGGACAGCGUUUUAGCAACAUCGAUUAUAUACAAAUACACCAGUCCUUUCUGUUGAAUUCGAAUUCAAUUCAAUCCCGCAUCUCCUCAACGGAACAAAUUCGUAAUCCCCAAUAUUGAUCAUUUGUAACUGGGCGAUGUCUCGGCUGUGGGCAAGGGUUGCAGGGCUAUUCAGUAGCAGAACAUUAGUGGGAAUGGACAAAAGCGGUAAUCGUUAUUUCGCUAGAACUGAAGAAAUCGAUGGUAUCAUGAAGGAGAAAAGGUGGGUCGUAUUUAAAGGAGAGCAGGAUCCCACAAGUGUUCCAGUUGAAUGGAUAUGCUGGCUUAAUGGACAGCGGAAAAGAGCUCCCACACCAGAGGAACUGGCUGAGCUGGAGGCAAGAAGAGAACGUGUUAGACAUAGUGUUGCUAUGCUCAAGAAGGAAGAAGAGGAAAGAAAAGCCAAAGAGGGCAAAACCGUGAGCACGGGUAAAGGUGCAGGGCCAGACUUAAAAAGUUUUAUUAGGCAAUUUCCUGUUGAUUCAGAAGGUAACUAAUGCUCUUAAUCUAUUUAAUUGGUUCUUAGUUUCCUUUUAGAGUUUUCUAUCUCAAAUCAAGGAGUACAAAAGUAGCUGCAGUGUUGGAGAUUUACUUAAAUUUAUUAUACAUAGGUGGCUAUGGAUAUAGAUGUUGAUUUUAAUGUGCAUGUAGCACCAUUAAGUUAAUGACAUAAGAUGAUCACGUACUUCUCGUAAGUUGUCACUCAAAUGCUCUCUUAUCUCUGUGAUUUACAGUUCCUCCAAUUCAAAAUUUGGAAUAACUUUCAACUUUUGAAAUCAAAAUGGUCCAAUUGCUGAUGGCUUUAUAUAGAACUACAUUUGAGAUUUGGGGAAAUAAAGCACUUGUUUAUUGAAAUUUAAAUUUGGGGAUAUUGGUCACUGACAAACUUGGAGAACAAUGUCAAAUUCCUGAAUUGUAUCGGCUUAAGUUUACAGAUUAUAGAUUCUUAAUUUCUUCAUUUGAAUUGAUUGUUGUUCCUGUGUGCACGUGUAACUCUUUGGCUAAAUGAGUUUGGAAAAUCUAAAGUUUACUCUUAAUGACUGUCAACUUUUGAUUUGCCAACUUGGCCUAAAUUUUGGUCGUGCUAACUCUUGGUUUCGUUGACAAUGAUCCCUGACAAAUGUGGUUUUACCUUUUCUCACUCCUAUGUACUGCUUUAGUCACUGGAUAUAUAUAAAUUUCGUGGUUCCCCUUAUUUUCCCUUGGGCAUUAUUAUACUAAUGUCUUGUGGUGUAUGACAACAAGCCAAACAUUAUUCUAAAUAAACUUGGGGGUUGAUUAUAUAGAUUUGUUAUUGCCACUGAAUCAGAUAUAGGUCCAAUGAGAUGAACUUUUGGCAACCAUGUCUGGUCAUGCUAAUUUUGAUCUAGAUCUCUUCUUUUAAAUUGUUUUACUUGAUCACCCUAGUUUUGUGACCAUGUGUCUCUUGUGGUAUA